AUGUCGACUGGACGCAAGGUGUUUCACUGCGCCGUGGAUGAAACGGCUUUGACCACCAACAUCAGCGAGAUCAAGAAAUGGACCACCAACGGAGCCAUCGAUCUUAUUGUCCCUCUUUACACCCUCGAGCGGCUUCAUGCCUUAAAGCGGGCGGGAUCGCAAAUCGCCAUCAAUGCCCGUGAGGCUGUUCGCUUCCUCGACCGAGUUACCUCCGGUAAAGAUCAAAUCACCGCCGAUCGCGUUACUCUACAAAGACCGAAUGAACAAUACGAUAGCUGGGACGAUGCGGAACAGUUCUUUCUCCCCGAAUUCGAAGAAGAGCCUGAGCCGAUAGACGCAGUCGACCAAUCUCUCUCUCCGCCAGACUUUCAACAAAGCAAUCCUCUGUGA